AUGAGCCACUUGAAGCUUCCACCUUUACCGCCUUAUCAAAAGCAGCAGCGUAAAAGUUAUGCUGGUUUUGUUCGUUCGACCUCAGUUCAAUCAACUCCUUCGCCCACCUCAAAUUUUGCGACUUCAUUUCAAUUAAUUGUUACAGCACCAACUUCUUCGUUAACAAAUACAAACACGAAAAUGUCGAAUGAUCAGAAAAUCCCUGUUGGAUUUGUGACAAUGGAUCAUCAAGUCGCAGGUCAUACAUUCCAUGUUGGCACCGAGGAAAUCGGAAUGUUAAAAUCAGUUGAUGAUGGCAGUGUAUUGAAACCUGCUGGCUCUCCAAUGUGUGCUGCACGUGAAAUUAAGUUUUAUGAGCAAUUGCUGACGACAACUGAUAAAGAUAUACUUCCAUUACGUGAUUUCAUCGCUGAAUAUCGUGGUACACAAACGUUAGCUGUCGGUUCAAAGGCGGUCAACUUUAUUAAAUUACGUGAUUUGACGCAUGGCAUAUCGGAGCCGUGCGUUAUCGAUAUCAAAAUGGGUAGAAGAACAUGGGACCCGUUAGCAACGGAGCAGAAACGAGAAGCUGAGGAGAAUAAAUAUGUAGGUUGUAAAAAUACGGUUGGAUUCUGUAUUCCCGGACUUCAAACUCAUCAUAUUGCAAGUGGAACUUACAAAAAGUUUGGAAAAGAAUAUGGCAAAAAACUUAAUCAAAAUACUGUUAAAGAAGCCUUACGACUCUUUCUUAAUGCUGAUUCGGGUCUAUGUCGUCAGUUGAUUAUGCAAAUUCUCACGAAUUUAUGGGCCAUUCAGAAAUGGAUACGUACACAGAAAGUUUAUCAAUUUUAUUCAAGUUCCAUCUUAAUUAUUUAUGAUGCUCGAAAAUUACGACAAAUUCUUGAGGCAAAAGUACGAACACCAACGACGCCGGAUGGUGAAAUUAGGAGUGAGUCUCCUCUCAAUAGCUUACAGAAUCAAUUAAAACCAAAUCGUAGCAGUUCAAAUUCAUUGCGAGGCUCUGGUGAAUCAUUGAAUACAUUAGAAGCAUCCGGUAGUCCAACAGUACCAAAAACAGUAUACAGAAAAAUUCAGAGAUCACAUUCGUCCAUGAAUAAUUAUGAGCAGGAAAUGCAAAAAAUGAAGGACAAUUAUACAUUGAUGCUUGACAAUCUCGUAGGAGUCUAUGACAGCAACAAAGAAUGGGUUCAUGUAAAAAUGAUUGAUUUUGCACAUACAUUCAAUAACAAUGAGAUAUCUGAUGGACAGCCAACAGUCGAUAAAAAUUAUCUCGAUGGUAUUGAGCAUUUGGUUGAAAUGUUUGAGGAACUCCUCAAACAGUGUGAUUAA